AUGAGCGCCCAAGUCCAACAAUGUUUCAAGUACGGAGCAUGUCGACGCCACGGAUUAAGCUCAAGCUCAGAGCCUCUAAUCUCGAUGGUGUCUACCGAUGAGCUGUUUACGGGCGUGACCGAAUGUCGGAUAUGCGGUGUCAAGGUUGAAACACAGGCAGAAUAUAAGGAGUAUACUGCAAGCUUUGCGAAUGAUCCAUAUGACCGCGUAGUUAUUCCGGCUGAUGUGCUAGAAUUGGAUGUUUUUGGAUUGGAUACGCCUGAUGUGAGUGUACCUGAAGUUAUUGCUCUUGCUGCCAAUGCUCGCGGGUCUUUCGACUUUGGAAUGUAG